AUGGGAUCAGAAAAGGCAAAGGCACAGGCAGAAUUGAACUUGGCAAGGGAUGCCAAAAGCAAUAGGAAGACAUUCUGCAGGUAUGUUGGUCAGAAGAGACAGAUCAAAGCCAGAUUUACCAAUCCUUUGACGAGAAAGAUCAGAGCUAGUCUGAUAGAUGAAGGAAGAUCAUUGGAAGUUUUCCCGGUUAUUGUAAACAAUGGAGGAAACCCUGAGUGGGUACCUCUUGAUCUGAAGGGCAUUACCUGCCUGCUAGACUGCAUGGAGAAGCGAGGCUUGAACUCACCCCUCACCCUGAAUGCCUUAGAGGCCAUGACAUCUGUAGGUCCCCUUCUCGCUCACGACAUAACGAAUUUGAUACAUAUGGUGCUGUCUCCAGUACAGUAUACAUUAUGGUCCUCAGAGUGGAUGACAGGAUUGCGAGCGGCUAUAGGGGCUGCGGAAUCAAUUCCCGACCACCCAUUACAUGGGUCCUCAUUAAUUCACUUGGCAGGAAUGGCCAGGGGAAUGGAGACCCCCCAGGGACAAGUAGCCAAGCUUAGGCCAAGGGAGCUUAUAGCGGCUACAGAUGCGAUGAUACAAGCAUUUAAGAGAAUAGCCAAGGGUGUGGAGCCUGUGGACCCUUGGACCAAAGUGACCCAGGGGCUGACAGAAUCAUUCUCUGCUUUUGCGGACAGGCUUCUGAAGGCCAUACAGGGGUCAGAAUUCCCAAAAUCGGCCCAAGGUCCAGCUAUUAUGGACUGUCUCCGGCAGCAGAGCCAGCCAGAGAUCAGGGAACUUCUCCGUGCUGCUCCACAGCUUAGUACGCCUGGGGAGAUGAUCAAGUAUAUUCUGGAUAAGCAAAAGGCAGCAUCUCUGACCAAUGAAGGAUUAGUGGUGGCUAUCGUCACUGCAGUUGGGACACGACAGCCCCAGGGGCCAUGUUAUGGGUGCAUCCAAAUGGCAAAUUGUCUGAUCGCGCAUGGUACGUGA